AUGUCCACUUCUGCAGCAGAGCUCAACACUCCAGCUUCCACAAUGCCUGAACUACCGCCGGAGAUAUGGGGUCGUAUCAUCCCUUUCCUGAAGCGACCUAUGGGCUCGACCGGUACACUCAGAAAUGCGAAUGACUAUCAUCAACACGAUCUCGCUACAGCCAUGAGAGUGAACAAGGCGUUCUAUCGAUAUACUGCACCAAUAUUAUACUCUCGAGUAAUCGUCUCCAACUUCCCUCUCUUCCUCUACGGUGUACCCACCCUCCACCCCGGUGAUCCUCCAGAAACGUUUGACACACCCAAAACGCGUUUAUUCAAAUAUAUCAAACGACUGGAUAUCGCUUAUUCCUCCCUUCUACCCAAUGUAUCGGUCGGUCAAGCCUUACCCGCUCAAUUACUUCUUCACCUUGACCUACCUACAUCCGUCAUACCAGCUCUAACCACAGAUAUCAACCAGACAUACGAAGUUUCCAAAGACCUCUUAAUGGGAUGGGCCAAAUCGCCUGAUGCUCCAUUGCUCUUCCCCAAUCUGCAAUUAGUCGUCACAGGUAGUUUUGGAGAAAGAUUAUGGGAUAGUUACAAUCCCAAUCUCACCAAACUAGACUACACAGACUUAUCCCAUAUCGCAUCUUUAGAUGAAGUUCAAGAAUCUGUUGGGAUAUUGCAUCAUCUGCUCAAACAGAAUUUAUUCGGUAGAUUCCUUACGGGAUGUUCGUCACCUAGACAAAUCAUAAACUACGUAUCGUCCGGACCUAUGACACCAGUAUACAAUCGACAUUUCCCAAAAGAUCAUAUGUUGAUGACUCGUUCUACCCUCUCUCCCAGCAAUACCGAUACCUUACCUGAAAGUUAUACGACAUACCUACUAGAACAGAUACAUAGAGGAGUGUGGUUAAACGUAGCUGAGGGAGUCGUCAAUAGAUGGGUCGUAGAUCCAAUUUUCAAAGAGUGCGAUACACAAACUCAAGCAUUGGUGUAUACCUACAUCAAAAGUCAAUUAAUAACUCGGAGACAACUGUCCAAAAGAUUGCAUAUGGAUACAAACACCAAGAUUAAGAUAUACAAUGUGAUCGAUCCGAAGAUGAUUAAUAGUGUUCUGCCUGCUUUAGUGGGAGAUCAUAUGAAUUUCCAGGAAGGCUACACGGAUGAAGUGGGAUUGAAGAUCAUCAAGACCUAUCUGAGUAUUGGGAUCGAUGAAGAAGAGGAUAGGGAGACUUUCGCACAAGUCGAAUUGGUAGCGGAUGAAGACGAUGAAGACAGCGAUGGACUAGGUGGGGAAAAUAGGUUUUUGUAA